AUGUCAUCAUCAGCUAGAAGGCGACGAGUUCGGCGUGGCCUGGCCCCAUCUACAGCCAGUACUCUGAAUCUUGUUCUGGGAAGUGACAAGCCUCGUGCUGAAUGCCCUUAUCAAGAAAUUUAUCCUGAUCUUGAUGUCAGAAUCCCAUUGAAAGUUCAGUUUACAAAAGCUGAUUUUAGACCAUCACGCGACGGUGAUGAUAGUGUGCAUGAACGUGAUCAUAGUAAUGAUCAUUUCACAGGAAACGAGAAUGAUAUUAAUGGCGAGAGGAAUGUUCGAGGACGCGCGAUAGUCAAACGCAAAAGACGCACCAAUGACGAGGUGUGGGGAACGCGUGACAAACCGGUAGUUUUGAUAUCGGGCCGCACUCGUCGUGGAGCACUAGUAGAUGAUACCAGCGAUGUAGGUACUAAUGGUUCUGUGUCAGGUAAUGAUCUAAAUGGACAUGCUCAAGAUGGCGAAAUGAGUAGUCAUGAUGGUGCUGACACAAGUGAUAUUAAUGGUGGAGAAGACGAUGUUGAAGAAAAUGAAGAAAAUGAUGAUGGCAAUAGAGAGAGUAAUCACGAUAAUGAAUACGACGAAGAAGAGACGAAUGAUGCUAGUCUCAAAGAAACUUCGAAAAGUACCGAACAGGCCCCAGAUUCUGGUGCUAGACCAGCCAGGGUUACAAGGUCGAGCGUUAAUAAUACCAGCAGCAACCUUUCACAGAGUCCACUUCGACGGUCGUCGCGACGUUCUCAUGUCAGUAAUUAUUAUGCUCCUGUACUUCUACAUCUAACAGGGGGUUCAAAUGGCGGUAAUAAUGAAUCUCCGGAACGAGCGACCUCAGCACCAGUUUUAAAUUCAACCUCGGAUCAAACAGAUUCAUCAAAAUCUACAAAUCAAUCGGAUAAGAAUUCUAAUUUCCGUGUUUUACCGAAUAACGAUAAAAAGACGACGCCUGAUAUCAAUGACAAAUUGCUUAUAUCUGUGGGGUAUAAAGAGUCAAAUGUGUUCAUUCUUCCUGAUUCUUACAUCAGGACAUUUGUUGCCUUAGAUCAGUCAACCAUAAACGAAAGUGAAGAAAGCUAUAACUCUAGUGAUAGCAACACAACGGUCCGGACAGGAAAAAAAGAGAGCACUUCAUAUUUCAACCCUGUAGAGUACGACAUGGAUGAACAAGAUGAGCAUUUUCUGAACCUGUUGAACAGUCGCAGAGAGAACCAUAUAAUUAAACGACGACCACUGCCACCCAUAUCAAGAGAGCUUUUUGAGAUCACUAUGACACUUCUUGAAAUUGAAUGGAUGGAGAUCGAGAAGCGCAUGCCCGCGAAAAAGAAGACAAUGGCUGGUAAAGACUCUCUUCUUCCUUCAGAUGCCACUGAAACAGAGGAAAAGUGUGUUAUUUGUGACGACUCCGAAUGUGAUAAUAGUAAUGCAAUUGUGUUCUGUGAUGGAUGUGAUAUCGCAGUUCACCAAGACUGCUAUGGUGUACCGUUUAUUCCUGAAGGCCAAUGGCUUUGUCGGCAAUGUACAGUUUCUCGAAGACUACGAGCUAGCUGUAUAUUCUGUCCUAACCGGUCAGGUGGGUUCAAACAGACAGACUCUCAGCAUUGGGCCCAUGUUCUAUGCGCACUGUGGAUUCCUGAGACGUCUGUCGCAAACAUCUCGUACAUGGAACCUAUUAUUGGAGUAGACAAUAUUCCCAAGGGCAGACUCAAAUUAAACUGCUACAUUUGCAAACAAAAAGUGGGAGCCUGUAUUCAGUGUGUCAAUAAGAACUGUUUCCAAGCAUUUCACCCUACAUGUGCUAGGAGGGCUAAAUUAUAUAUGAAGAUGGAAGCUGGUAUUUUGGGAGCCGUUCAUGAUGUUGGCUCUAUGAUCACAUAUUGUGAUAGACACGGCCCACCAGCCUAUAAUGAGACUGUAGACGUCCGGCAUCAUCUUAAAGAGGCUCAAAGAUAUUACAGCGAGCUUCGUGAGAAACAAAAUACAUUUGCGUCUGGCACCGUUAAAAAAGCUACCACAUCGACACCAGCAGCCACAUCUUCUAAGGAGCCAAAAUGGAGAACUGAAGAAGGCACACCAAUCAUUCCGAAGCUCAUUGUCAACAAAGUGGCCUCUCGGAUGAUGAAGAAAUUCGAGCUAGUGGAGUUUGUAGACCACUUUCUACUUGAAGUGUGCCGUUACUGGGCUCUCAAACGAAUGAAAAAGGGUGCCUCUUUGAUAAAACGACUACAAAUAGCACUCGAAGUUCAGCCGAAAAGAUCGAGUGAGGGGAUGUCGCCAGUGGAUGUACGAGUGGAUAUUGCUACCAAGCGGCAGCUACUCAAGAAAAUGGAGGUGUUAGUAAUGGAAGCUAAUAAAAUAUUGGAGAGAGAGACUCUCAAAUCCGAACGAACGGAAACUCAACAUGAAGCCAUGGAUCUGGUGUACUUCCCCCAUAUCAAUCUCAUCCGGCGAAUCUGGACUGACGUGCUACGGAAGUUUGCCAUUCCCCUUUCUGUGUCGAAGAACUCACCCCUCUAUGAAAAGCUUCUCAAUCGUCAGUACACGUCCGUCGACGAGUUCUCCAUAGAUCUCGACAGUUUCCUUGCGGCCUUAACUCCACCGGUAACCAAACCCAAAUGGCUUCAAACCAGACUGCGACAAGCCAAAGCCGCUGCCGAUGCUCUUACAAACCACGAAACGGAUGUUUCUGCUAUCUUCGAAGUGGAGGCAUCGGGUCUCGACAUCCAGCGCGAAGAGUGGGCCGGAGCACGUGUGUUCCGCGAAAUGAGUCCCAUGUCCGACAUUGACGACUCUGAACUCCAAUCACUCGAAACCGAGUCGCUGGAGUUCACACUUGAUGCCAGCUCGCCCACUGCACACCGACGUCCGCCGAAAAAGCGAAGACGAUGA